GGCAAACAUCGUGAAGCCCGGCGACUCUGUAGCUUGGAUUUAGCGGCUCGCGGGCUCCGUGCGCCUUGCGCUUUCAGUGGAACAGGAAGAGGUGUGAGCCUUCGGCUUGUUCCUUCUGCGGUUUCCUCUUGACUUUCUGUGCUCCUGGGCUCCGAGACCAUGAUGAGUGAUUUCGGUGAAGAAUUAACAGAGCUGACUGUGGCAGAGGAUAACCCAGAAACUUCGGUGUUCUCUAAUACAGGAAUGCGUUUCCCAUGGCUUCAGAAGCACGUUGAAGCUGUAGUGACUGGAGGGAAGAAGAAAAAGGAUUUUGCUCAGACGACAAGUGCUUGUUUAAGCUUUAUCCAGGAAGCCCUGCUGAAGCACCAGUGGCAGCAAGCUGCAGAGUAUAUGCACAGUUACCUGCAGACCCUGGAGGACUCAGACACCGACAAGAGACAGGCUGCCCCUGAGAUCAUUUGGAAGCUUGGAAGUGAAAUUCUAUUUUACCACCCCAAAAGCAAUGUGGAGACUUUUAAUAGCUUCGCUGACCGGAUGAAAAAUAUUGGUGUCUUGAAUUAUUUAAAGAUCUCCUUACAACACGCCUUGUAUCUUUUACAUCAUGGAAUGCUUGAGGAUGCGAACAGGAAUCUAAGUGAGGCAGAGACGUGGAGGUAUGGAGAAAAGUCGUCUUCUCAGGAAGUGUUGAUCAACCUUGUUCAGGCCUACAAAGGGCUUUUGCAGUACUACACUUGGUCCAGAAAGAAGAUGGAGUUGUCAAAACUUGAUGAGUAUGAUUAUGCUUACGCUACCAAAACCCGAAACAUGCUCAGCCAGACCUGCAAAAUGUCUACAAAUAUCUGUGCGCUGGUUAAAACCCCUGGGGUCUGGGAUCCUUUUGUGAAGAGUUACGUGGAGAUGCUGGAGUUCUAUGGUGAUCAAGAUGGAGCCCGAGAGAUGCUCACCAAUUACGCGUAUGAUGAGAAGUUCCCGUCUAACCCCAAUGCCCAUGUCUACUUAUACGAGUUUCUCAAGAGAGAGAAGGCACCGAGGGCAAGGCUCAUAAGUGUUCUUAAGAUUUUACAUGAGAUUGUGCCAUCCCAUAAACUAAUGUUAGAAUUCCAUACAUUGCUUAGAAAAUCAGAGACAAAAGAACACCGGAAACUGGGCUUGACUGUGUUAUUUGAAGUCCUGGACUUCGCUGGAUGCACUAAAAACAUAACGGCCUGGAAAUAUUUGGCAAAGUAUCUGAAGCAGAUAUUAAUGGAAAGCCAUUCCAAGUGGGUUGAAGAAGAGUGGAAAUCUAGGAGGAACUGGUGGCCGGCUUUUCACUUCAGCUUCUUUUGGGCGAAGAGUGACUGGAAGGCAGACACUGACUUGGCUUGUGAGAAAGCUUUUGUGGCAGGGAUCCUUUUAGGAAAAGGUUGUAAAUAUUUUCGGUAUAUUUUAAAACAAGAUCAUGAAACCUUGAAGAAGAAAAUCAAGCGGAUGAAGAAGUCGGUGAAAAAAUACACUAUUGUAAAUCCAGGUGUUCGCACCUAGAUUUUAACUUAUUUUACAGUUAUCGCUACAGUGUAGUGGUUUGUAUAUUAGUUUUGUGUGCCUGUGUACACAUGUACAUGUGCACAUGUGCAUGUGGAAGCUAGAAGUCAGCUGUGUCACUCUCUGCGGGAGCCUUGCUGAGACCCUCACUGAGACCUGGGGCUCACCUUUUAGACUGGCUGGUCAGGAUAUUCCAGGGUUCUUCUUAGCUCUGGGAUGAUCAUUGUGGGUACCAUGCCCAGAUUAUUUUUUAUUCAUUCAUUCAUUUAUUUAUUUGUAUAUGUAUUUGUAUGUGUGUGCACAUGUGUACAUGACUUGGCACAAGUAUGACCAGGAGCCUCUAGAAAAGAGUCUGGUCACCUGCGGUGAUUUCUGUGAAGAUGGUGCAAACAGUGACUGCCCUGGCCUCGGGUCCUUUGUGUUGUCUCACCGGUGUGCCAGGAGCCACCUCAAAUACUAUCCUGUGUACAAUAGAUCAAGACUCUUCUAGGAGUAACAGGAGCCUGUGGCACUUGGCCUCCCUCCCAUUUGUUUCUCCAUCAGCUUCAUUUCCACACCCCACAGCUACUGAUGGGUUCUGUUGAGUGAGGGGUAGAGA